GUCAAUGUUACACACAUGACCACACACAGGAGCAUGGUGAGGAAGAUAAAACAAUGAAAAGAUAAAAAUGGUAAAAAUAUAACAAAAAAUAUAUGUUUUGUUAAUAUUUACCAAGAAUCAAAAUCUGGAUUUUGAUGUUUGUCUCAAAAGUUUGUUUUAUUAGUGACAUUAGCCUAACAGUGAAAACACAUCCAUUAGUGUUAAUAGAGCUUCUGCUGAUGAUCAUGAACGUUUUCUUUUGUUUCAGUAUAACAGACACAUCAGUGUUAACAGCUGUUAUUGUUCAGACUGAUAGUUCCUAUUUUCACCUUCUUCAUUAUGCUGAUAUCUUAAUAUCUGAAGAUCUUUGUUUCUGUGUGUCAUAGCUUCUGGAUGAUGCUCAUCUGAGAGGUGAAGUUGGAAGCUGUCCGGUUCAGCUGCCUCUUGCCGUGUCUGGAUGGGUCUUCAAAGAACAGCUUUGUGAAGAGACCGAGAACACCGAAACUGAACCAAUGAUCACAGACAGCACUGGAGCUGAAGUGAAGGGUAGGUUAGAAAGUGUCAUGUGAUGUAUGAAUGAUGUAUGAUAUCGUAGGGGUUGACAAAAAUCAUUGUUCAGAAACGGGUCCCCAAAAAUGUAAAAUUCCUCUUUAUUUAAACAAUCCAUUGAUUUUGAUUCCCCGCUCGUUCUAGUUUAUUCACUCAAACUCGUCUCUCUCCAGUCAAGCAGGAGCCUUUGCAAGGAUUGCAAACGAAAAAGGCGGAGACUAUGUUCAGACCACCCCCCCUGCCCGAGCCUGGUUUGCUACCUGAUUUACUCGAGGUGUGGAAUUACUGCAAAGAGGUGGAGCUUCUCUUCAUGCAGCUCCCUGAUUCGCUGCCAGGGCAACCACCCACCAUUGAUGUCAGGCCUUUAAAAACAGAGGUGCAGUCGAGUGAUGGACAGACUAUGCUGCAGACGACUGAGAACCAGGAGGACUCUCAAGACGAGAACAGUUGUUUUCUUAAGGAUCUGCAGGAGGGUUUGGUGGGGAAGAUGCUUGUAAGAAAGUCAGGCAAAGUGCAGCUUAUCAUGGGUAAAGUAACCCUGGACAUGGCCCUGGGAACUCCAUGCACCUUUCUGCAGGUAGGUUACACUCACCAUCAGUAUUUCGUUGAAGGUUUUGCUACUUGACUAUCAUCUGUAAGAGUUCAUACAGAAUACAGGAUUAAAAGAUGAAUGCUACAUGUUUAGUACUAAAAGGUCUAGUGUGUCAUUCUUUUGUAGGACCUAUUGAACGAUAGACAAUAUAAUAUACAUACCUAUGUGUUCAGAGGUUAUAAAGACCCUGCAUUAUGAAGGGUUAUGUUUUUAUUAUCUUAAAAUGAGCUAUUUCUAUCUACAUAUGCUGCGGGUCCCCUUACAUGGAAUCCACCGUGUUGUUUCUACAGUGGCCCUAAACGGACAAACUGCUCUACAGAGCGUGUUUUAUAAAUACGUUAUCUCCUUCAGCAUAGAAGCGAAAACGUGACGCCAUCUUAGUUUUGGGUCAGCCACCGUAGUGCUUCGAAAGAGAGGGGUGGUGUGAGCCGUUGGUUGCAGU